CGAGGAACCAGCGACUUAGGGUUCCGAGUCCAUGCCCUCCUCGCGCUUCGAGAUGUCGUCCUCUCCUCCCUCCUCGCUCGGCGAUUUCGCCAUCGCCGAUGAAGAUGACGACGCCUUCCUAGGACUCGUCGAGUAUGCCAGGUCCAUGCUCUUCUCCGAGGACGACGACUCCGACGCCGCCGCUGGCGGCGGAGGAGACCCGCGGGCUCCACCCUGGAGCUGGGUCGUCUCCCGAAUCCUCAAGACCUGCGUCGCCUACCCCAGCGGUGUCACGUCUGCGAUCCUCCUCUCCGAUCUCUUCCAGGCUUGGAGCGAGCAGCACAGGUAUGCGACCUCAAAGAAGAGGCUGGACUGCACGAUUCCGCUGAAAAAGAGGCAGAGGAGAACGAGGCUCCCUAACACUGUCACUAUUGAUUCGGUUUAUGAGAAGACUUUCCUCUCUCCGAGUAGCGUUCUUGAAGCAGUUGUUGUCGAUGCCUUCGUUCUUCCAGGUACAGACAUAUACAUGCUUAGCUUGGGAGACUUGUGGAGCUCAUGUACCAUUGAUUUAUAUGUGCACCGCAGAUUCUAUCAUUUGGUGGACUCACAUAAUGGAAUUCUGAAGAAAGGGCGUGAGGUCUUACUAACAGGAUGUUGUCUUCGUACUGCCAGGGAAGGAUCUAGUAAACCUGGUCUUUUACCAACAGAAUAUCUGGUGAUAUUAUUGGAUGAGGAUCAAGAUGAAGAUGCGAUGUUGCUGGGUGCACAGUUUUGCUCAGAUUCUUUUUCAUCAAUAUCACUUGAUGCCAUCAGAGAUGGUGCUUCAUAUUCAUUUUAUGCGAGAAUUGAAUCAAUUGGUUCUUUGGAAACUUCUGCACUUAUACAGAGAAAACAAAUUACUCUUGUUGAUAAUGAUGGCAUCCACAUAAAGUUUCUUUUAUGGGGCGAGCAGGUUCGCCUUGCCAAUCUCUUCAGUAUCGGAAGUAUGCUUGCAUUGGAUAGACCUUUCAUUGCAAAUUUUGUUGAAAACAUUCAUGAGACAAGAGAAGAAUUAUGUCUUGAAUAUGGUAGUGCUACACAAAUAUAUCUGGUUCCCUUCAUUCAACAUGAGGAGCAGGUUCUUCUAGCAUCCACACAAAUGAGGAGUCAAGGACCAAGGUUGUUGAGUGCAUUAGGUCAGUGUCAAGGAUCGAGGCUUUCACAAGUAACAUUACCCCUCAAUUCACAAGGUUUAAUUGACUUCAGUAGUUAUCCAUUCAGAACAUAUGUGAUUGAUCUUCAUGGCAAAAUGAGCGGAAUCAGCCUAUAUGGUGUUAUUACGAAACUUACUAGAGAAGACAAUGCUUCAGAAGUUGUGUUUUCUGUGACAAUUGAAGAUAUAACAGGAAUAAUUGUGGCGAAGUUGCACUUUAUCAAACCUUGGUCUUUAGGAAAGCUGGGACUUGGUCGCACCAUAUACAUAUCAGGCUUGACAUGUUCCAUGACUACAGGAGAACAGCUUCAAGUGUCAUGGUUUGAGAAGGAUGAAGGGGCAUUUUUAAUUAACAUAAGCUGCUUGCCAGCUUUAUUGAACUCAUCAUGCCUCCACAAGUUGUCUUAUUUAUCUAAUAUCUCCAAUAAGAUAAAUACCACACAUAUAUGUCGUGUUCAUCUUGACCAAAUUGAACAUCAUAAUGUAUGUUCAAGGAAAUCUCAUGUUGCUUGUGGGCGUAUAUUAAAUGAGAGAUCAGAUGAGUUAGUUGAAUGUAGCUUUUGCUGUCAUAGCUGCAACAAUGAGUAUGUCCAGAGCUUUUUGUUGAAAGUCACGCUUGUAGAUGAAAGCGGGAAGAUUUCUGCAUGGUGUACAGGUCAAACUGCUGCAGAGUUGCUGCAGAUAUCUGCCGGCGAAUUUGUUGCGCUGCCUGAGGAUGAACAAGCAAUGUACCUUUAUACCCUUGAGCAUGAGAGAUACAUGGUUGCGAUUGUAAAUUGCAAGAUGUGCAGUGAUGGAACAUCUGCUGCUUUAGACCAAGAAAAUAUUCCAUCCUGGGAGAUUGUACGAGCUCAAAAAUGUGAAUGACAUGUUGCUUGCGGUAGCUGGUGAUCCAGGGAUUUUUGAAGAUAAAAGAUAGAAAACUCACGUGGGAGAUUGGCACAUGCUAACAAAAAAUUAUGAUUGGCAUGCCUUUCAAAUUUCAAUCUUGGAGUUAUCGACCUUUUGCUUCAAAUGUAGUUGGGAAUUUGCAUCUACUGCUUGAGAAUUUGAGCAUGUCAGUGGUGCAGAGAACAUCUCUAUUAGCAAAAGAUCAAGGUAUUAGGAAACGAUAAUCCUGUAAAUCUUUUUUUUUUUAUUGAGUUGAACCUGUAAAAACUUAGGUUUCUUUAAAUAUCGCAAAAAAUGGAGUAAUUAA